UAUUGCACUCAAAAUUACUGUGAUACUCUCUAAAAGCAAAACAGAAAUGUUUGUUUUAAAAAAUCAAUUAUCUGCUUGUUGUUACACAGGGCUCCAGAAAAGGUACUGCACUAAAGCAGUUGAGCAUAUAGUAAAGGGCAUUUGUGAACUGAACCCCAAAAAGCCCCUGGGCCAGCCUGCGCCUCAUACACAUGGUCAUUUGUUAGGUGAAAAUGAAGUAACCCCUUUAAUCAAAAAGGAAGAAUAUCAAUGUAGAAGGCAGAAAUUAGUCGAGGCAAUUGUUGGACAUGCAAGGAAAAACAACGCUCAAGCUCAAAACCAUAUGAUUGUGAUACCAUCCACCUCUAAGCAAUAUAUGUCUGACAAAAUACCGUACGUUUUUCGGCAAAAUAGCGAGUUUAUUUAUCUAACUGGAUGUCAAGAACCAGAUACUUGUGCAGUCAUUACGACAGGAAACAACUCGUGUGAUCACAAAACAACGCUAUUUACAAGAGAUAAAGAUGAUCAUGCCGAAUUGUGGGACGGGCCCAGAACCCAUCCGGAAGAUGCCGUUGGAUUUUUCGGUGUAGAUAACAGCUUACCAAUGAGUGAUCUACCGAAAUUCUUGAAUUCGUGUAGAAAAUCAAUUGGAAAUAUUAGCUUAUGGUAUGAUUUCGAAAGUGCGCCCCAUAAGGAAAUCCACAGAAUAGUAUGCGAUUACCUAAAAGACUCUUGUAAUAAAGCGUUCGACUCGCCUCGAAGUUUUAUUCACAAGUUGCGGUUGUAUAAAAGUGCAGCUGAAAUUGCGUUAAUGCAAAGGUCUUGCGAUAUAGCUUCCAAAGCUAUUGUUGAAACUAUACGCUAUUCUAGACCGGGUGUAGGCGAAAACCAAUUAUUUGCCAAGGUUGAUUUUGAAUGCAGGAUCAGAGGGGCGGAAUUCUUAGCAUAUCCUCCUGUGGUAGCUGGAGGCAAUAGAGCGACUACCAUACAUUAUAUCAACAACAAUCAGUUGGUAUAUGGAAACGAAAUGGUCCUUAUGGAUGCUGGCUGCGAAUACCAUGGCUAUGCUAGUGAUAUCACUAGGACGUGGCCAGUGAAUGGAAAAUUUACAGGGCCUCAAAGGGAAAUUUAUGAAAUUGUCCUGGAUGUACAAAAAGAGCUAAUUGAGCUGUGCCACAAAUUGCCUACUUUAGAUGCUCUAUUUGAAUGCAUGUGUUUGUUGCUUGGAAAACGGUUACAAAGUGCUGGUCUUUUAGGCAUACAACCAUCUAACAAUUACCUAAUGAAGGCAGCUUAUCAGUUAUGUCCUCACCAUGUAUCACAUUACUUGGGAAUGGAUGUUCAUGACACUCCGACGAUUAGUAGAAAUAUUAAAUUAGAACCUGGAAUGGUGAUCACUGUGGAACCAGGCAUUUACGUUAACGAAAAAUCGUGCCUUCCAAAAGAAUAUCGUGGAAUUGGGGUGAGAAUAGAAGACGACAUUUUGAUAACCGUAAACGGCCCAGUAGUGUUAAGUAGAAAAUGUCCCAAAGAAGUGGACGAGAUCGAGCAAAUUGUCUGCGAAGAAAUGUCCAGAAGCUGAUAAGAUGUAAAUAUAAUAAUAAGUUGAACUAGAAGUUUCCACCUCUGUGCAAAGGCCCUAAGUUUGUUAGAAUGUUGAAGUUCUGUGUGGCAUUGUUCUCUAAUACUACAUAAUGGUUAUUUUUUAAUGUUGUGUGUUUUGAAUGUAAUGGAGUAGAAAAAUAUUAAACUUUAAUAUAAUCAAAUUGCUCCAUCUUUUCAUUCAAUUUUUUAAUUAACAAAUACAUACUCUAGUUCUAUUUAAUUAUAAGGUAACUUGAAACAUUGCAGGUACUUUAACAUUUUUCAAAUGUUUUUAUAAAUAGAAAAUUACACGUUGGCACUUUCAGAAAUAAUAUAUCUACCAUUCUAG